UCGCUGGGGAGGAGUGGCGGCGGCGGCGCGACGCUCACCUUGGUGAGCAGAGGCGCGGGCUGCGGGCGCCAUGGUCUUCCUCACGGCGCAGCUCUGGCUGCGGAACCGCAUCACCGACCGCUACUGGCGGGUCCAGGAGGUGCUGAAGCACGCGCGGCACUUCCGGGGGAGGAAGAAUCGGUGCUACCGGCUGGCAGUCAGGGCUGUGACGCGAGCGUUCGUGCAGUGCACCCGAGCCCGCAGGCUGAAGAAGAGGAACCUGCGGACGCUCUGGAUCAGUCGAGUUACAGCUGCUUCCCAGGAACACGGCCUGAAGUACCCAGCAUUCAUCCUCAACUUGAUUAAGUGCCAGGUGGAGCUCAACAGGAAAGUACUUGCAGAUCUAGCCAUCUACGAACCAAAGACUUUUAAAUCUUUGGCUGCUUUGGCCAAAAGGAGGCGACAGGAAGGAUUUGCUGCUGCCUUGGGGGACGGGAAGGAGCCCGAAGGCGUUUUUUCCAGGGUGGCACAGCACCUCUGAGGGGGGUGCUGACACCCACUGCCCUUUGAGGCUGAGCAUCUUAGGAGCAGUUUUUUCCCCCAUGUGAUGAUUACACUAAAAUAGGGACUAAGAAUUAUUUGUCAACAGUGAGUACGUUUGAUUUGCAUUUGUGUUAAUUUACAUUUCAGUAACAGACCUGAGAGAAAAGGCCUUAUCUUGCCUCUUUUGGCACAGGUUCGGAAAUCUCACAUGGAUUGUGUAAAUAAAGUUUGUGUGGAACGCAAA